GCCGCGCCGGCCUCGGGCGCCGAUAGGCGGAGGGGCGAGGCGGGGGCGGGGCCUGCUCAGCCUCUUCCCCGGCGCAGUCUCUCCAACGUCAGCUGUGCGCCGGUCUCCCCCCCCCUUGUUAUUUUCCCGAGGGCGGGGGGAACCAAGAUGGCGGAGCUGGGCAAGAAGUACUGCGUGUAUUGCCUGGCCGAAGUCAGCUCGCUGCGCUUCCGCUGCACCGAGUGCGCCGACAUCGAGCUGUGCCCCGAGUGCUUCUCGGCGGGCGCGGAGAUCGGGCCUCACCGGCGCUGGCACGGCUACCAGCUGGUGGACGGCGGGCGCUUCACGCUCUGGGGCGCCGAGGCCGAGGGCGGCUGGAGCAGCCGCGAAGAGCAGCUCCUGCUGGACGCCAUCGAGCAGUUCGGCUUCGGCAACUGGGAAGAUAUGGCUGCUCAUGUUGGAGCAUCACGAACGCCUCAGGAAGUGAUGGAACACUAUGUAAGCAUGUAUAUACAUGGUAACCUUGGGAAAGCCUGCAUCCCUGAUGUUAUUCCCAACAGAGUGACUGAUCACACCUGCCCAACCGGUGGCCCACUUUCACCUAGCCUGACCAUGCCUCUGCCACCUCUAGAUAUAUCAGUGGCUGAACAGCAGCAGCUGGGAUAUAUGCCACUUCGAGAUGAUUAUGAGAUUGAAUAUGACCAAGAUGCAGAGACUCUAAUCAGUGGCCUUUCAGUAAACUAUGAUGAUGAUGAUGUCGAAAUAGAAUUAAAAAGAGCUCAUGUGGACAUGUAUGUAAGAAAACUGAAGGAGAGACAGAGACGAAAGAACAUUGCCCGUGACUACAACUUGGUCCCUGCUUUCUUAGGCAAAGACAGAAGAGAUAAAGAAAAACCUUCAAAACGCAAAAUCACAAAAGAAGAAAAAGAGCUGCGGUUAAAAUUAAGGUCUCUUUAUCAGUUUAUGUCUUGCAAGGAGUUUGAUGAUUUCUUUGAAAACUUGCACAAAGAGAAAGUACUUCGAACCAAGAUUAGGGAACUACAACGAUAUCGGCGGAAUGGUAUAACAAAAAUGGAAGAAUCUGCAGAAUAUGAAGCAGCUAGACACAAACGAGAGAAAAGGAAGGAAAAUAAAAAUAUUGGUACUUCAAAGAGGGGGAAAGAAGAUGGGAAAGAUGGGGAAUUUGCAGCAAUUGAAAACUUACCUGGCUUUGAACUGUUAUCUGACCGAGAGAAAGUGCUUUGUAGCUCUAUUAAUCUGAGUCCAGCACGUUACGUGACUGUUAAAACUAUUAUCAUUAAAGAUCAUCUCCAAAAAAGGCAGGGCAUUCCAUCAAAAAGUCGCCUUCCUAGUUACCUGGAUAAGGUACUAAAGAAAAGGAUUUUGAACUUCUUAACUGAAAGUGGUUGGAUAUCCAGGGAUGCCUCUUGAAUCUUGUUCUUUCUCCCUUGAAAUAGUAUGAACUAAUAGUCACUUCACUUGCUUAUCCUUUUCUUAAAACCUAGGAUUCUCUUGUAAAAGCUUAAAAUCCUAAACUGAACUGGAUUCUUCUGUAUUGAAUCAUGCAAAUGCUAGAUUGAACUUUGCAACCCAGACAGCUUUCUUGAGAGGAGGAAAUUGCUUUUAAAAUAAUUGUGGGAUAUGUGACACACUUAUCUUUGACUAGUAUAGCAAAUGUGGCAGUAGUUACUGUGAUCCACCUCUGCUGUAGAAGCUGUGUGGAGAGGGGGAGACCUUCAGCUUCUUACGGACAUAGUGCAGAGUGAGGCUGCAGUCCUCUGUAUACUUACUUGGGGAGUAAAUCUGACUGAAUUCAGAGGAACUUGCUGUUGAGUAAACUUGAAUAGGAUUGGGGUGCAUGUGUCUUUUUACUAAAUCCUGGGUACUAAACUUCAAAAGCACAGAGAAAUUAAGAUUUUUAGUGAAGAUCCUUAGCUAUAAGCUAUUGUUCAUUGCCAAAACAAUAUAUUUUGCUGCAACAGUAGAAGAGCAUAAUGAACGCAAUUCAAGAGGGCAUUAAAGGGUAUCUGCUCACUUGCUUGAGUGUACGCAUGGCAAUUUUAAGAGUAGACUGGCUCCACCAGCUAGCUGAAUAUAAACCCAUGACUUGUCUUUGGCAAGUAACUGGCAUUGUGGUUCUGAAUGUAGUGGUUGGCCAGCAGCUCUACAUGACACUAUUUCUGUGACUAAAGGCACAGAGUGAAGAAUCUUUGCAUGCACAAAGGUUUUCUCUGGAUUCAUGUAGAAAUCUCAUACACACACACCCGUUACAUGGGGGUAGGCACUACCUGGCUCAGUAGAAUCCACUGUCACAAUUUGUGCUUACGGGAAGUUUGCACCACUUGAAACUAUGACAGGUGGGUGGGAUCUUAACAGGUUCCUUGGUUUUUCAGACUUGGGCAAGAAGCAAAAAUAUUGAGGCUUUCUAAGCUGCUGCCUGGAUUACAAAUUAUGCAGGCAGGCCUGAUUUAGGCCAAAUUGCCUCUUAAUGCAGCAGGUAGCAUAGUUAUCAAAAGAGUAAGCUUGAAAAGGGUCGUGUCAAAUGCAAAUGCUCAUUUAUCAGCUGUUGGGACAAAGUAUAACUUUGCUGUUACCACAAUCCAGUCUGGGAUAGCUCAGUCUGGAGAGCAUGCAAUUCUUCAUUUGCCUCAUGUUGGGCAAAAGAUUCCUGCACUGCAGGGGGUUAAACUAGAUGACCUUCAUGGUCUCUCUCAGUUCUCCAAUUCUAGGGCAGUUGACUGUGUGCCCAGGGGCCUUGUCCUUUAUACAAACUUAUGAAGUGGGGCUGCGGCUAAAGAACAGCUUCCUGUAUGGUGUAUAUGGAAAAAGUUUUUUUAAAAGCACUUCUGCAAGCUCUCCUGUCCACAUCAAAGGCUUCAUUGGCUUGUGGUGAUAAUGCCCAGGGCUAAAGGGAUGCUUCUGGCCUGCUAAACCAUAUCUGGGCCUUGAAAACACUGAUCUUCAUGUGCAGCUCUACCAUAAGUAGGUUUCACCACCAGCUUCCUUGAUGACUGGGGUUUACUAACAGUUACAGAAUCUUAACUAUUCAGGAUUACAGAUUAUUCCUCAAACUCCUGUGAAUUCAGAGUUGAUAUACACCUUACACAAAAUUCUGAAUUCUCCCACUUUAUAAACCACACCAGCUGGUAGAUUCAAUUUUAAAUGUGUCACCUCCCCCUAGUGCAAUGAAUAACACAUCAGAGGGAGGCACAGCACAAACCUGUCACUGAUAUGUGGCUCCUUACACAUCCAGUGGUCAGAAGUGUUCAGAAAGGACAUGCCAUUUGCCAUCUCACUCUACUGCACCUCUAGAUCCAUUUCUCUGCUGUUGCAUGUGCUGGUGUUUAAUCCCUACUCUUUUUCAGCUGUAUACAUGUGUAGCUCGGCAGCUCUUGCACAUUCCACUUUCUGGCCACUAAUGGACUAGAAAUAGCACAAAGGUCCCUGAGGAAACAAUAGUGUUCUUCUUCAGUUUGUGUUCUCUUCUGAUUGACAAAGCAAAGAUUUUCUCUCAUUUUAUAUGUGACUUUAAUUAUGAUACUUUGUUUUUGACAAUAAGUCUACUCUGGUCAGAAACUAUGCAGUGUUUUAUGGUCAAUGCACUGUUCCAUCCAGGUCAGUCCAAAAGGACUGAAGCACAACUAACCCUAAGUAAUGACAGACAUGUUUUGUUAUUCCUGCCCUUCAAAAAACUGGUAAACUUUGUUAACAUGAGUACCACUAUCUAAAUGUAUUUAGCUCUAGUGCCAUAACUGUAGUUUCCUGAAUGUUAAUCAAUACAUCUGCUAAACAAGGUUGAUGUAAGCCUUAUAUUUCAUUGGCAGCCCUUUUAAUGUUGCUUAAGAGGAGCAACUGGUGCUAAAUAUAACUUAUUUGAUAAUCUGAACAAUUUUUAAAUGUGUUAAUAUUUAUUACACUUCUGCAAAGGUCUUUACAGUGUGGCAUUUUCACAUUCAUGCAAAGCCUCUAAGCAAAACUAUAGUGAAUAAAUACUUUAAUAUAA